GGUGGUGUUCUACCGGGCUCUCUACCCCUUUGAUGCCCGUAGUCAUGACGAAAUCACCAUCACCCCCGGAGACAUUGUUAUGGUGGAUGAGUCCCAGAGGGGGGAGCCGGGCUGGUUGGGGGGGGAGCUGGGCGGCAGGACAGGCUGGUUUCCCGCCAACUACGCUGAGAAGAUCCCCGACAGCGAGGUACCCAUGAGCCUCCGCUCCUCUGCCACUGCCACGCCCAUUCUGGCCUCCCGCCUCCCACCGUCGGCCACGCCCACACCGCCCAGCCAGCCAAUGGCAACCCCUCCUCCACUGACUGCUCCCGCCCCAGCCCCUGGCCCCGGUCCUGGCCCCGGUCCUGGCUCCUCCUCCUCCUCAGCCUCCAGUAACUGGGCUGACUUCAGCACAACGUGGCCGUCAAGCGGGGGUCAGAAUGAGGAGGGCUGGGACGCCUGGCCCACGCAGCCCUCGCUGUCCGUGCCCAGCGCCGGGGGAGGAGCCCUGCGGCAGCGCUCCGCCUUCACCCCCGCCACCCUGACCGGAUCCUCCCCCUCGCCAGUACUGGGACAGGGGGAGAAGGUGGAGGGCCUGCAGGCCCAGGCGCUGUACCCCUGGCGAGCCAAGAAGGACAACCACCUGAACUUCAACAAGGCGGAGGUGAUCACCGUGCUGGAGCAGCAGGACAUGUGGUGGUUCGGGGAGGUGGGCGGGGGCCAGAGGGGGUGGUUCCCCAAGUCCUACGUCAAGCUCAUCUCCGGACCCCCCCGACACUCCAUCAGUCUGGAGUCUGGAGCCUCAGACAGCCCCCCCACUAUGAAGAGACCCUCCCCCUCGCCGACCAGGCUCUCUGACCAGGGAGAAGAGUACCUAGCCAUGUACACCUAUGAGAGCAGUGAGCAGGGGGACCUGUCCUUCCAGCAGGGUGACGUCAUCACCGUCACCAAGAAGGAAGGGGAUUGGUGGACGGGCGUGGUCGGGGGCCGGACCGGGGUCUUUCCCUCCAACUACGUCAAACCCAAGGAUUCAGACGGCCUUGGCCUGGCAGGGAAGACGGGUUCCCUGGGAAAGAAGCCAGAGAUAGCCCAGGUCCUGGCUCCGUACACAGCCACGGGGGCGGAGCAGCUCACCCUGGCUCCUGGUCAGCUGAUCCUCAUCAGGAAGAAGAACCCCGGGGGCUGGUGGGAGGGGGAGCUGCAGGCCCGGGGAAAGAAGCGUCAGAUUGGCUGGUUUCCGGCCAACUACGUGAAGCUCCUGAGCCCCAGCACCAGCAAGACCACGCCCACAGAGCCAACCCCACCCAAGCUGCCCACACCCAGCGCAGCAGUGUGCCAGGUGAUAGGCAUGUACGACUACCAGGCCCAGAACGAUGACGAGCUGGCGUUUGGGAAAGGCAGCAUCAUCAACGUGCUGAGCAGGGAGGAUCCUGAUUGGUGGAAAGGAGAGCUGAACGGCGCAGUGGGGCUCUUUCCUUCCAACUACGUCAAACUGACCACCGACACGGAUCCCAGCCAGCAAUGGUGUGCUGACCUGCACCUGCUCGACAUGCUGAGUCCCCAGGAGAGGAAGAGGCAGGGCUACACUCACGAGCUCAUCCUCACUGAGGAGAACUACGUCAACGACCUGCAGCUGGUCACGGAGGUUUUCCAGAAGCCUCUGCUGGAGUCGGAGGUGCUGACAGAGAAGGAGGUGGGCAUGAUAUUCGUCAACUGGAAGGAGCUCAUCAUGUGCAACAUCAAACUGCUCAAGGCCCUGAGAGUCAGGAAGAAGAUGUCCGGGGAGCGUAUGCCGGUGAAGAUGAUCGGGGACAUCCUGACGUCCCAGCUCCCCCACAUGCAGCCCUACAUCCGCUUCUGCUCCUGCCAGCUGAAUGGGGCCACGCUCAUCCAGCAGAAGACCGACGAGGUGCCCGACUUCAAGGACUUUGUCAAGAGGCUGGCCAUGGACCCUCGCUGUAAAGGCAUGCCUCUCUCCAGCUUCCUGCUCAAGCCCAUGCAGAGGGUCACACGCUACCCACUCAUCAUCAAGAACAUCCUGGAGAACACUCCGGAGGCCCACCCAGACCACAGCCACCUGAAGGCAGCUCUGGAGAAGGCCGAGGAGCUGUGCUCCCAGGUCAACGAGGGGGUCAGGGAGAAGGAGAACUCGGACAGGCUGGAGUGGAUCCAGGCUCACGUCCAGUGCGAGGGGCUGUCUGAACAACUGGUGUUCAACUCGGUCACCAACUGCCUCGGCCCCCGGAAGUUCCUCCACAGCGGACGCCUCUACAAGGCCAAGAGCAACAAGGAGCUGUACGGCUUCCUGUUCAACGACUUCCUGCUGCUCACGCAGGUCACCAAGCCCCUGGGCGCCUCCAACUCGGACAAGGUGUUCAGCACCAAGUCUCACCUGCUCUACCGCAUGUACAAGACCCCCAUCUUCCUGAACGAGGUCCUCGUGAAGCUGCCCACCGACCCCUCGGGGGACGAGCCCAUCUUCCACAUCUCCCACAUCGACCGCGUCUACACCAUCCGCGCCGAGAGCAUCAACGAGCGGACGGCCUGGGUGCAGAAGAUCAAGGCAGCGUCGGAACUCUUCAUCGAGACGGAGAAGAAGAAGAGAGAGAAGGCGUACCUGGUGAGGUCUCAGAGAGCUACAGGCAUCGGCAGACUGAUGGUCAACAUCGUGGAGGGCAUCGAGCUGAAACCCUGCCGUUCCCACGGGAAGAGUAACCCAUACUGUGAGGUGACCAUGGGCUCCCAGUGCCACAUCACCAAGACCCUGCAGGACACUCUGAACCCCAAGUGGAACUCCAACUGUCAGUUCUUCAUCAAAGACCUGGAGCAGGACGUCCUCUGUGUCACUGUGUUCGAGAGGGACCAGUUCUCACCUGACGACUUCCUGGGCAGGACAGAGAUCCGGUUGGCUGACAUCAAGAAGGACCAGGGCUCUAAAGGACCAAUCACCAAGCGGCUGCUACUGCACGAGGUCCCGACCGGAGAGAUUGUCGUACGACUCGACCUGCAGCUGUUCGAGGAGCGAAGUAUUUUGGAUGUGACUACUGUAGUUAAUUUAUUUACGUUAGUUAGCCAACGGUAAGGGUGGAAUAGAUUACUGUGUCUCACCAGCUGCGUGUGUGAGUGUGUGUGUGUGUGUGUGUGUGACAGAGAGAAAGAGAGAGAUUGAGAGGGUGAGAAAAGCUGUUAAGUGAAUUACUUUCCGGAUUCCUGAAUGGAGGACAAGGAGAUGAUGAUAAUAAUGAUGAUGAUGAUGAAGAUAACAAGUCCCCCCUCCCAUUCCGGUAGCCCUCACCCAGACCCCUAACUCCCCCCACCCCACCCACUACGUCUGUGAAUAUUGUUCAAAUAUUAAUAUAUGACAUCAGCUCCGUAGAAGAACCAUGUUGAUGACAGCAUAUUGUUAUCAAUGUAUCAGAAGUGUAUUGUCUUAAGUGUUGAAAAUAAAAUUCAAU